AUGUCGGAGCGUGCCAAGGACAAGCCCAGCGCAAGCACGCGGAGGCUCAGCUGGAAAACGCUAUCGACGGGGGCAGGCAGCAGCAGGGAGGCCAAGGAGUCUUGGACGCUGGUCAGUCCUCAAGAGGGCCAAGAGGUUACCACAUUCGCCCAACCGCGUCACUCCUACACCGCUCCCUCUACACCCUCUGCAUCCUCCCAUACGUCCCGGUCCGCCGGCUCGUCCCCGACGUCCUCGCGAUCUGCCACUCCGCUGCCCUCUUCCAAGCCUCUCCAAAAGCGCUGGUCCUCCUCUUCGCACGUACUGACGCGUCAUUCAUUAUCACAGCUCGAGCAGGAAGCCUCCCAGCUCCUCCUCAAUGCCCUCGAGCGCACAAACUCACUCCAGGAUGGCAAGCCGUCCAAGUCCAGCUCCACUGGCUCUUUCGGCCGCAUGUCCCUCAGCUCGAUGAUGGGCGGCCUGUCCGCGCUCUCCCUCACACGCAGCAGUACCGACGACAAGGAGCGCGGUAGGUCGCUCCAGAAGGACAAGGGCAAGGCCCGUUCCAGCUCCGUGUCUGGGUCGGCCAGCAUCGAUGACAUUACGGACUCAGAAAGCAGCAGCAUUCGCGCGCGCAGCCAGUCCCCGUUCCGCCUCCGCCGGACCCGAGCACGCGACCCCUCGCCCGCGGUAUGUGCGCUCACGCACUCUGAUGCGGAGUCUGACACCGAGUCGACGGGUCGGGGCGUCAGGCCGCGCACGGCUUUCGUCUCCCCCACCUCCGACGAGGAAUCCGGGUCCGAGACGGAGAUUGACAACGACUCAGACGACUCCUGGGGCGAGGAAGACCACUUCGAUUUCGAGACAGAGCGCAAUACAGAGAGAAACGCCUUGAUACCCGCCGACCGCGGCGACGCCGCCAUGGAGGAGUUUCCAGAUCCGCUCGGGGAAGGUGUCAAUGUCGUGGUGCCACCCGAGCCUUACUUUCCCAGCACGCUCAACCCAAGCAGCUCAAGGCGCAAGAACUCGAAGAAGCAUCACGACUUGCUCCCACUCCAGACUUCGCGGCCGAUCUUCCAGAGAGACCGAUGUACGAUCACCAUUACGCACGGUGAUCCGGCACGCGCGUUGGAGGAGAAUGGCCGCAGACCACGCAGAUAUGUUGUUGCCAGUGAUCUCAGUGAAGAGAGUCGAUACGCAGUGGAAUGGGGUAUCGGGACAGUACUGAGAGAUGGCGAUGAGAUGCUGCUUGUCACAGUCGUCGAGAACGAAAGCAAAGUUGAUCCGGCGGUAGCGAAUGCUGUAGACAGGGCCAUGAAAUUGCGAAAUCAGCAAGAACGUCAAGCCCUCGCCUACAUCCUCGUCCGUCAAGUUACAGGGCUCCUACAGCGGACACGCCUCAAUGUUACCGUGGCUUGCCAAGCGUGGCAUGCAAAGAACCAUCGGCAUAUGUUACUCGACAUUGUUGAUUAUUUCCAGCCAUCUAUGAUGAUCGUUGGUUCCCGAGGGUUGGGCCAGCUAAAGGGUAUAUUACUGGGUUCUACCUCGCAUUACCUUAUUCAGAAAUGCUCUGUACCUGUCAUGGUUGCGCGCCGUAGAUUGAAACGUCCUCCAAGGAAGUUCGCGCACCUCGCCCCCCACCGAGCGCGUGUCUCACUGGCCCAGGCCGGUAUCGAUCGUGUCGCACCCAAAGUGGAUCACGACGUUCAGGUUAUGCGCGACGAAAUCCAGAGAGACGAUGAGAGCAGGGGGGAUGAGGUCCAGGAUGACGAACCGGAAACGGAGAUCGAGGGUGAUAGCAAUGACCUGCCGGCUCGGAAGGUGGCAGGCGAGUAA